CUUGUCGGUAACAGAGUGGUCUUAAAUUUUAACAGGAUUUUUUUUUCAAAUCAGGAUAAUGCCUUCAAAAAAGUGGCAACCCAAAAAUCUCGAAUACAAGGAGCCCGAACUCAUCGGACUUAUCGUCUUCUGCUUCCUGUACGGCUUGGCCGCGGGCUACUGGCUGAUUCGGCCAUGGAGCGAGGCUAUAGCCAAACUCGCCUCGAAGGAGCCCUUGACCCCCGAUGCGGCAGCAUUUAUCGCCCUCACCUUGUACUUUGUCAUGAUGCCACCCAGCAUAAUCAUCCUGGUGACUUGGAGGAAUAUUUUGGCUGUGAGAAAACUUAAGGAGACCGCCAUCCCGACGGCACAAGACAAGCGAGAUGAACGAACCAGUUUGCCUGCCUGCCGUAGGUUCAAUCCCGCCCUUCAUUCUGACUGCAUCCUCAUCUUGGAAGAGGUUGUGGUCGGGUAAAAAUCCGGGCAGGAUCGGAGUAAUUUCUCCUGCACAUCUUGUAACGCGAUGUUACAACGUCUGGAAAAAACGAAGACAGAUUUGUCCAGUGAGGAAAGUAAGACGCAGUGGAAAACCAAUGUAGACCAAGACCUCGUAUAACUCUGCAUUGUUAGAGCGAAAUGUAAAUGUGAAUUUUGAAACGGUAGGCGACGCAAAAUACAUACGUGUUUAAAUUUACUUCUGAAGUUAUAGGUGUAUGAGUUUAUGUAGUUCAGAAAAUUUGCUGCAGACUAAUUUUUUCUGAAGUAAAUAUACAUUGAUGUAAAAGAAUAUUUAAGCAUAUUUGGA